AUGCUGUACUACUUUUUACUUUUAGAGUAUGAAGCAGAACAGCCUCAAUUUCCAGAUUUUCCUGAAUCAAAACAUGGAUCUUGUGACUGGGGUAUUUAUAUAGGUUACAUUUAUCUUGAACAGGUGUCUUUGGAAGCAGGAAUAUGGCAGCCAUUACGUAUGGAACGAUUUUAUUCAGUCCCUGCAGCUGAUACUGUUGUCCAACAGUUGUUUCCCACACCCAAGACAGCCCCCUUUCCAGAACCACCUGAUCCAAAAACAUGUUCUCCUCGAGAAUACUUAGAGUAUUACAUAUUUCCUGUACUCUUACCUGGAAUGGCUGAACUUCUGCAUCGAGCAAAGAAAGAAAAGUGUUUUGAGAGAAAAAGGACCAAAUUUAUUGCCUGUGAUUUCCUAACUGAGUGGUUAUACAACAAGAACCCAAAGAGGAAAGAUGAGUCAUUCACAGAAUUCUUUUCCAUUCCUUUUGUUAACGACUGGCUAAAGGACCAUCCUAGGCCACCAAUUCCUCUCUCUCUCCUUCUGUCGGAAGAAGAAGCAAGCAUAGUAAUUCAGUCCUUCUGGAGAGGUUAUCGGGUCCGCUGUGAUAGUGAAAUACAAGAGUUACGUCAGUGGCAAAAGCAGUUGAGAGAGGACAAAAACAUUAUUAAGAGAGUGAAAGAAUUCUGGACUAAGCAGGAAGCCAAAGUGGGAAGCAAAGCGGAAGACUCAGAAGAACAUACACAAAAUCAUGCAACAUCUCUCUUUUAG